AUAUAUUUUAAUCCGUUGGGUUUAUUUUGUAACAUUCGGAUAAAUACGCGUAGGAUUUCAGAACGAGGCUGUCAAAAAAAGAUGGAUUCUGAUCAGGCUUGUCAAUCGUGAUCAAAACAAAUCAGUGACAUGUUUGCUCAUACGGUGCGGUUGUGAAAAGAAUGGGUAAAUUGUCACUACAGUAAAAAGAAUAGUUGAACUGGAGGCAAGGUGUGGGGGUGUCUUGUUAAAGAAAUUUAUCAAAAUCUGGAAUGUGAUACAUCAGCAAAGUGACAUUGUGAGAUCACUAGACCAUGUCUAUAGUAUAUAUCAGCCAUUCAUAUGACAUGUGAAAGCCUUCUCGAGAGUUUAUACAGUAUAGUACUAGUGUAUAUAUCACAUGUGAAUGAUUCAUUUCUUGGUUUGUGUGUAGGUGCACUCUUAAGUGGCAAGUCAUCAAAAAAAUAUCAGUCCUGUAUAUCAGUAUCGUACAUUAAGAUGUAUGUGUUGAAAGGUUAAGAUUAAAAAAAAAAAUUAUUGUAUAUUGAUACAUUUUAUGAAGAAAUAGAAUGGAAUAUAUUAGGGGAGUGGUAUAAGACUAUGGCUAGGAAUUAUUGCAGUGAUGGAGAUUUGGUGACACGGCAGCCGAAUUCUGUAAAUAAAGGGUGUAUUUUCUCACUGUCUACUGGUAACAUGGGUAACGAGACGGACCCAGGCGCGUCCGAGGUUAACGGCAACUAUAAGAUCGGGGAUGCCUGUAAUGAAGACAUGUACAAAUUCAAAACAAGUUCUUUGAAAACUGGGUCACGGGUAAGUUUCGCUGACCUAGACGGAGAUGGAAAUUUGAUCAAAACAUGCAGUGAAUCUGAGUUAGACACUGAGCAAAACUUAGCAGCUCUUAACUUUGGUCGGAGCUUAUCAUAUUCGGCCAUCGAGAGAACAAAGAAUAUGGAAUUAACGACGCAUUCAGGUUUUAAAAUGAAGCCAUAUGAUACAAACUCCAUUAGCUCACUUGAUCGUUUGUCAACUAGUCCCAUACAAGAGGAAGUGGCAGAAAUGUCCGAGUAUAUAAACGGUGACGAGACUGAAAUGGAUCAGGACGGAGAAUCUGAGUGUUCUGUUGCCAUGGAUACGGACAAAUCUUGUGAACAAAGUCAUCAUUCUAGUCAUUCUGUAUCUCCACCUAGAACUCACACACAAGGAAAACCGCCAUUACCUAACGGGAAAUCUAAACACAGACCUGGCUCAGGAAAACAAUCGUCAUGGUUACUAAGAUUGUUUGAGUCAAAAAUGUUUGACAUGUCCAUUGCCAUAUCUUACUUGUUCAAUUCAAAGGAGCCUGGUGUUCAGACUUAUUUAGCCAACAAGAUGUUCAGUUUUGUUGAACAUGAAGUAGAUUUCUACCUACCACAGUUGUUAAACAUGUACAUUCACAUGCACGAUGUUGCUGAGGCUGUCCAUCCUUAUGUUGUUAACAGAUGUAGAAAUAGUGUGGAGUUUUCUGUGAAGUGUGUGUGGUUAUUGAGUGCCUUCUCUGCCGAUGUGUUGAAGCCAACAUGGAAGACGUCACAGGGUCUCAAACUUAGGAACAUGAUUCUAAAUGAAGAGCUAAGUCAUCAUAGUCAUAAACAUGGACAUCGACGGAAUCAGUCACACCAUAUAACAUCGAGCAGUCCCCUGAAUACCAGCCUGAAUAACACAUUGUCACCGUCUGGCAAGAAAACUCAUACAAGAUCACGCUCUGAUGCUACAGGUAUAUAUAUAAAGCAAGGUAACAGUCACUCUACUAAUACUCUCCACAACUAUGCCUGUGGGGAUCUGGCAUCAGGAAGAGCUUUUGACAGUGGUUGUCAUUGUCAUCAGAGUUCCGAGGGCGUGAAAAAUGACCUGACGGGGAAGGAGGUUCCUUGUCAUUGUGGGGCACCAAGACUUACUCCGCAGAUAGAGUUUAUCAAGGCAUUGAUGAGUAUAGGAACAAGAUUACAGCAGCUACCUACAAAAGAACUCAGAGGAUCAAGGUUAAUGGCUGAGCUUGCGAUGUUAAAUCUGAACUUACCUGCACGAGUUUGGUUACCCACGGCACAGUUUAAUCACCAUGUUGUAAGAAUACCUCAUACACAAAGUGUUGUACUCAACUCAAAGGAAAAGAGAUAUAAUUUCUAUGCUUUUCCAACAUUUCAGUUACAUAUGUCAAUGAAGAGUGUGAAAUCAUGUGACUCUAUCUCCCAGUUCUCUAUAGAGAGUUCUACAAGUGGGGACAGUAAGGACCCGGUGUAUAUAGCUGCUGGUGAUAUAAGACGACGACUCUCUGAAAAUAUCUCUGCACCAAAGGGCAAAUUACAGAGAGAUCCAGAAGACCCGUCUGCGGCUGCUCUCAAGGAACCAUGGGAGGAGAAAAUGAUGAGAAUAAGGGAGUCAUCACCGUACGGUCAUCUACAUAACUGGAGAUUGAUGUCAGUAAUUGUAAAAUGUGGCGAUGAUUUGAGACAAGAAUUAAUGGUGUACCAGGUGUUAAAACAACUACAGGCAUUUUGGGAGUUGGAGCAUGUACCACUCUGGAUACGACCGUACAACAUCGUUGUUACGUCUAACAACAGUGGUAUGAUAGAGCCCGUGUUGAACGCAGUCUCCCUACAUCAGAUCAAGAAACACAGCAAGCUUACACUCCUACAGUACUUCGAGCACGAGUUCGGUCCACAGAAUAGCGAAGAAUUUCUCACGGCCCAGAAAAACUUUGUGCAGAGUUGUGCCGGAUAUUGUCUUGUGUGUUAUUUAAUGCAGGUUAAAGACAGACAUAACGGUAAUAUUUUACUGGAUUCUGAGGGGCAUAUCAUACAUAUAGAUUUUGGAUUCAUUUUGUCUACAUCUCCUGGUAAAAAUCUAGGAUUUGAAAAUUCAGCCUUUAAACUGACACACGAAUUUGCAGAGGUGAUGGGUGGAGAAGGAAGUGACAUGUUUGAGUAUUUCAAGAUUCUGAUAUUACAAGGUCUCGUAGCUUCAAGGAAACACAUGGACAAGAUUAUCCCCCUUGUUGAGAUCAUGCAAACAGGUUCACAGCUGCAGUGUUUUAGUAAGGGCGUUAGUACAAUUAGGGCAUUAAAAGACCGAUUUCACCUCACUACAACAGAGGAACAAUUACAAUUAUUAGUGGAUAACAUGGUGGAAUCAAGUUUAAAUUCUCUUACAACAAAACUGUAUGACGGUUUUCAGUAUUUCACAAAUGGAAUAUUGUGAUGAUAAAAGGAACUUUAACUCUAGGUAGACCAUUUAGUCAAGUAUACAAUAGAUGGACAAAGGAAACAGCCGAAAAAAUCAACAGUAUUGUAAACGAGUGUGCUUUGUUCAACGAUAAGCUUGUUAAUUUAUGAUUGUGGUCUUAUAACUGUUACUCUGCGGAUGGCAACAGAUUUUACUAGUGCUGACCAAGGUCAAAGGGCACAUCCGUGCCAUCUAAUCUUGAUCGGCACUGUUCUCUAUUCAGUCAGCAAACAUUUUGGAAAGUUUCCCUAACAGAUUAUGAAUAGUAAUGACCAGUUAUGUCCAGUUUGAAUGAUGGACAUGUCCAUUUAAGAUAUUUAACUAGAUAAAUGUUACUGCUUCGAAUGCAGAGUUGUGACUUAUAGCCGCUUUUUAAGGUAUUUAGCGGUGAAACGGUUAUAUGGUUGGUAAUAAGACAAGAUAUUGUGAUAAAUGGUAAAAAAGCAGUUAUUGCUGGUGGCUGAGUUAAUGGAACGAUUUUGUGAUGUUAUUUUUUCGUGGUUAUAAUUUACUUAUAUCAAUGCAAUGAAUGAUGUUUUUUUUCAAUGAAAAUUUGAAAAUAGUCAAAACAUUUAGUCAUGAACAAUUAUUAUUUGAAUGUAUAUAAUUCUGAGGCAUUGUAGCAAAUAUGAAUUUAUGAUUUUAUGUUUUUACAUCACAUCAAGAAGUUAUUUUUAUGUUUACUCCAAUCAUUUUAUUCAGACUUCACUCUGAAACACCCAUCAAUUAGUGCUUUAAUUAAAAAGAAACGAAAAAAAUAUAUCAUGAAAUUUAAUUUAUAUAGAAUAAUUGAUUAAACACUGUUUGUUCAUAAAUUCAACAUUGAUUACGGCAUAAAUUGUUCUUGGUACUCACAAACUGGUGUAUGUAUGCCAUAGAUCAGACUGUUUAUCUAUGAAAUUAACUACUACUUCUCAUACAUAAAGUUUGCUGUUUAUUUAUGAAUUGGCUAUUUGUUAAUUCUGAUAUAGGGCUGUUUAUUCAUGAACUGAACUACUGUACUUAUGAAUAAAUACUCAGUGCUUUAUUCAUGAAUUUAUAAUGCUGUAUUUAUAAAUAAACGGUGCUUAAUUUAUGAAUUCACAAUGCUUUAUUUGUAAUACAACAGCAUUUUGUGUAAUAAAUUGAGGCUGAGUUUUAAAUGACCUUAUAUGUAUAUUGUAUGUGCAGCCUACCCCAGUAACUCUGUGAUUUUAUGUUAUAAAUGGCCAGUUUGUAAAUGAUUUUUUUUUUUUUCAAAAAAGUUUUUUUUUUCAUACCAAUCUAAUGAAUUGUGUAAAAAUUUGACUUGUUUUAUUUCAAUGAUAUAGUUUUCUGAAGUACUAGUACCCUGUGUAUUGAAAUAAGUUUAAAUUUAUAUUUUAUAAGAGUGAAAACAUUUUAGUAAAGAAGCAUAAAAAUUCAGUUACGAUAAAUAUUUUACCAUUCUUUACGAAGAAGUUCUAGUGUCAGACAGGAGCAAUGGAGAACAAUGGAAGUGAAAUAUAGAUUGUCAAAUCAAAUUUAUAACUCAGUCUAUGAAAAUUUAAUUUAAAAAGGUUAAUGGACUAUCAGACACUUCUCUUUAAGUUAUUAACAACCAAGUAAGGUGCUUUUCAAGGAAUACACUUUAUUCGAGUAAAAUUUGUUUUAAAGUAAUUAAGAUAAUCACCUAAAGAUCACCUAAAUCUUGGCAGUAUUACAAGAGUUUAACGCUAUGUACUUUAUCCAAAAGAUACAUGAUUUCUCCACUGUGGUUUCCAGUAUUGUGGUUUCCAGUAUUGUGGUUUCCAGUAUUAUAGUGUAAAACUUAAUCGUAGUCUAAACUUAAGAAAGAAAUGGCCACAUAGUUCGUUUCUUUAAAGAUUGUUUUUUUUUACCUGUCCAUGUUGAGCUUUUAGGUUUGCCCUAAGUGCCCUUGUGAUAAAUCAAUUUAUGGCUAUUAUAAUCACAAUUCUGCUAGUGAUAUGGGACCAUAUAUGCCAAGUUCUGUGAGUUUGUAAUGAAGAAAUAGUCGGGCUCCUGUUUUACUAUAAAGCACUGAGAAGUGUUUAGCGGGCUUUCAUAUUUGUUGGUUCAGAAAUAGACUUUAUAUGUCAUGUUUAUGUCAACAAUUUUGAAACAGUUAAACAAAUUCAAAAUAAAGUUACUUGAAUUCAUAACAAUAAUAAAAAUCUAUGAUGAUUAUUCAUCACCUGUGAAAAAAAAAAUGCAUUAAAUUUUUAUGUUAUUUAAAUAAUGUCAAAUCCUCAUCUGUAUAUAUCACCACUUUAGUGCAAUAACUGAUUAACUUCUCUUAAAUUUAGAAAGACUUAUUCCGUUACUGCACUAAGGUGACAAUAUGUGAUAUUUACUGUACCUCAACUAUAAUAUCAUAAUUACCCAAGCAUUUGUAAAUCACAUGAUUUUGACCUUUGGUUUAUACAGAAUUUACUUAAGUUCGAUUGUGUAGGAAGCUAGAAGCUUAUAGACGCACUUUCCAAUCUGUUCCUGGAACCAACCAGUACUGAGCAAUUAGUGUAAAGUUUCUUGCACAAGGAAACAAUGACUUGCACCUGACGGGGUUUGAACCCAUGUGGCUAGCGAUCAUUUACGUUUGAUUACUUGUCUGACAAAUUAAAUACUCAGCCAUGUUGCCACUUUUGAAAUUUUAAGCUAUAAUACUUAAAUUUGGACUCUAACUACAAAUUUGCAUGUGGCAUUAAAGUUUAAUAUACUAAAUUUCUUGAACAUGACCCAGUGAUAACCUAUUUCUGUACUUAUAUAUAGAAAAGUAUGACCUUUUCCAGCUAUAGUAUUCAGGUUAGCGAGCAGAACAAUCCUGGUCCUCUUGCUUAUUUUUUUCAGCCACCCAAGUUUUCAAGAUAAGGUAUAAUUUUACUAUGUCAGAUAAUAUAGAAUAUAAAAAACAAUGCUGUAAGCAAUAUUCUUUUUGU